CGAAUCGUACACCAUUAGCUAGCUGUCUGUUUCCAAGUGCAUGAAAGCCCUCACAGUGUUUUUUUCUUUAAGGUUCUUUUGCGUUCACGUUGCUUAAGCAACAGCGUUAGUAUAAUGUCAUCCAGCGGUUGUUUCAUGUACUUCGCUUAUGGCAGUAAUUUACUGAAAGAGAGACUGCAGCUGAAAAACCCGUCAGCUGUGUUUCACUGCGUCGGCAGAAUCCAGGACUACAGGCUUAAUUUCGGUCUUUCGGGCGACAGCAUUGACUGCGCUUGGCACGGUGGAGUGGCCACCAUACAAGAGAGCGAAGGAGACGAGGUUUGGGGAGUCGUGUGGAGGAUAGAUAACCAAAACCUGCCCAGUUUAGACAGACAGGAACAGGUUCAUGAAGGUGUGUACAGCCCAAUAGAGAUCAAAGUAGAAAUAAUGGACGAGGUGCUUCUCUGCCGGACAUACAAGAUGAACAAUUUCAGACCCUGUCCACCUUCACCACAGUACAAAAAGGUUGUGUGUUUAGGGGCUCUACAGAGCGGCUUACCUCAAAACUACAUACAGAAGCUUCUGGCACUGGAGACAAACAACUACAGCGGCACUUCCAUAUUAGAUCAGAUUACAGACAUCCAGAAAUGACCUGGAGGAGCUUUUUUAAAGCUUUUUAAGUUAAUUAAUCAUAAAUAAAGACCAGGACUUUAACUCAAUGCUAGGCACAUGUUGGGUUUAAAUCUAUUGUAGUAAGAAUUGAACUAAACAUUGAUUGUCACAAACAGCUUGUAAGACUAUUAUGUGAAAUGUGGUACCAGUACAAAUGUAAAUUCUGAAAAAA